GCGAAGUGCCACGUUCCAACGAGGAUCACAUACAUUAAAGUGAAGGAGAUUUUUAGUUAGCAGUCAGCGUAAGCAAAGUGUAGUGUGUGAGAGACUUAGUCCUUCUAUCUAACAUCCCGUCACAGCCAUCAUUGUUGCUAUGCUGCACUCACUCGUUUUCUCCGUUAUCUUGGUGUUGGGUGUCUUCGCUACGGACAUCCCAGAAGAGGAAGAAGUCCUCGUUUUGAAAAAAAGCAACUUUGAUGAGGCGCUGCGAACCUAUAACUACAUUCUUGUGGAGUUUUAUGCUCCAUGGUGUGGCCACUGCAAAGCACUUGCUCCCCAGUAUGCAAAAGCAGCUGCCAAACUAAGGGAAGAAGGCUCUUCCAUUCGACUGGCCAAAGUAGAUGCUACUGAGGAGUCUGAUCUGGCCCAGGAGUUUGGAGUUAGAGGAUAUCCAACCAUUAAGUUCUUCAAGAAUGGUGACAAGUCUGCUCCAAAGGAGUACACUGCUGGCAGGGAGGCUGACGACAUCAUAACCUGGCUAAAAAAGCGUACUGGUCCUGCUGCUCCUGUCCUCGCAGACACAGAUUCAGCACAACAGCUGGUAGACGGCAAUGAGGUGGCAGUAAUUGGCUUCUUCAAGGACAUAGAAUCUCCGGAUGCAAAAGUAUUCCUUCAGGCUGCAGAAACAGUGGAUGAUGUCCCUUUUGCCCUUGUAUCAGCUGACAACCUAUUCUCACACUACAAAGUGGAAAAGGAUGGCAUUAUCCUCUUCAAAAAGUUUGAUGAAGGCCAGAGCAAGUUUGAUGGUGAGCUGACCAAAGAGAAUCUGCUGACCUUUGUCAAGGGUAACCAGCUGCCCCUCGUCAUAGAGUUCACAGAGCAGAGUGCACCGAAGAUUUUUGGAGGAGAAACAAAGACUCAUCUUCUGCUUUUCUUACCAAAGUCUGCAACUGAUUAUCAAGACAAACUGGAUCACUUCAGGAAUGCUGCUGGAGACUUCAGGGGGAAGAUACUUUUCAUCUACAUAGAUAGUGAUCACACUGAUAAUCAGCGAAUCCUUGAGUUUUUUGGACUUAACAAGGAGGAGUGUCCUGCAGUGCGCCUCAUCACCCUUGAUGAGGAAAUGACCAAGUACAAACCGGAAUCUGAUCAGCUGACUGCAGAAGAAAUUACCAAAUUCUGCAACAACUUCUUGGAAGGGAAGAUCAAGCCCCAUUUGAUGAGUCAGGAGGUGCCAUCAGACUGGGACAAGAAUGCUGUAAAGGUGCUGGUGGGGAAGAAUUUUGAGGAGGUUGCCUUUGAUGAGAAGAAAAAUGUGCUUGUGGAAUUUUAUGCCCCUUGGUGUGGUCACUGCAAGCAGCUUGCACCCAUCUGGGAGGAGCUUGGGGAGAAAUUUAAGGACCGUGAAGACAUAGUCAUUGCCAAGAUGGAUUCCACUGCCAAUGAAAUUGACGCAGUUAAAAUUCACAGUUUUCCCACACUGAAGUUCUUCCCAGCAGGGACAGAGAGAAAGGUUGUUGACUAUAAUGGGGAACGAACACUGGAAGGCUUCACAAAAUUCUUAGAGAGUGGAGGACAGGAUGGUGCUGGAGAUGAUGAUUUAGAAGAUUUGGAAGAAACUGAAGAGCCUGAGGUGGAUGAUGAGGAGGAUAUCAAUCUGAAAGAUGAAUUAUAAAGGACUUGCUCUCCCCCCCCCAAAAAAAAAAAAAACUACACUUCAGUUUCCAUGUUGUCAGCAAAACCCGGAAGAAGACAAAUGGUGUAGAACAACAAAAUGGUUGAAAUGGGAAAACCAGGGCAUUUGACUCAACUAUGGCCCUGUUUAACAGUUAUCCAUUUUUUAUGAAAUGCCAGUUUUGCUGUUCAGUCCCUGUGAAGGGGAUGCAUAUCUUCAUGAUCCUGUAGCUGUAGUCACAUGGACAGCAUGGUGACUUUUUUGGGAUUUUUGUUUAAUGUGAGUUAUUUUAUUAAUAUUUUUUGUAACUAAUUGGAAUUUGCCUUUUCUCUUUCCUUCCCCUUAUGUUUGACAGGGAAAUAUGUUGAGGAAACCAGACAACUUUUUUGUGUAAACUGUUUUGUAAAAAAGUGCCAAGCGUGAGCUGCCUGCUGUGAAAGGUUUGUAGUUAUUGGGCCACUUAUUGACCCUUUUGCAAAAGAUGAAUGGAGAGAUGCAUAACUAUUUAGGCUCAUCAGAUAAAUUGCAUCAUUGUAAGGGGUAGAUGUGGUUGCGACCAUAUCCUAAGUGAAAUGUUGUCCUCCUUUGAUUGGGAGAUGGGUGUUGCCAAAAUGCAACUUGGAGCAGUGUUAAGGGUACACUAGUAUUAAUCGAUAAAGUAGCAGUCCAUUGCAUCGUGCAUCAAGUUCCAUUUUGGUGGCCUGUUGGCCAGCUGUUCAGCUGUUAUUCCAGACAUGUUGCCUGGGAGUAUUUAUUACUGUGUUGUAGGUGGGUGAUCCAUUAGGGGAACACUGGGAUUUAACACCUCAGGGAUAACAAUGCAGUUUGUGUUGUACAAGGCUGAGCUCGUUUGGCACUUAACUCUUCUCUUUAUCUGCUGCUCCUGCUUUCCUCAACAAGAGCUUGGAAGAUGUCCAGAGCUAUUGAGUAUAAUUGGUGGGGGGGGGGGGGGUGCAGUUAGUGUCUGGGAUAUGGAGGGAGUAAUUGAAUGGGAAGUGGGUGGGUUUCAGACAGGCUCCAGAUAAAGAACAUUCAAACACAUUCCAGCUGGGAGCAGAACAGUACCCUUGGCCAAAUAAAAUGUUCAAAAAACUAA